UGAUGGAGAAACUGAGACAAGUGGCUAUGUCGCUGAAGAUGGCCGGGUUCAUUGCAUCUCCCCUUUGCUCUAUCUUACUGGCAUGGUUAGCCUGGAGAUUUCUCAAGAUGAUGGACAAACGUUUCCCUGGUCUGGAACUUGGCUGUCAGUUCAUCAUAACAAAGUGCCACCUUCAGAGAAAAGCACGUUAGUGAAUGAAACAAAGUGGCAGUACUACGGCACUCCAGGGACAGGCGGGAACCUUACUGUCAGCUGGAAUCACCAGAUGCUGCAAGCCAACUAUGUCAACAUAGAAGUCUGGGGCUAUAAUGAAACAGGAAAACCCUACUCCAGUAAUUGGGCUGCUGAAUGGAAGUAUCUUUACACCCUGAAAAGAAACCAUUCCAAUGUAGGGGAAUUUACUUUUCUGCCUGUCCCAUCGGCUCAGUACAGGGACUGGGAAUUGGGGGCUCUGAGGAUUUCUUCCAGUGCUGCUUCUGAUGGUCAGAGCAAUGUGGCAGCCAUUUGGAGCACGGAGCAUGCCCUGGCUUGGCACUUGGGUGAUGACUUCCGGAGGGAUUCAGCUGCAUGGGCCACAGAAAAGUGCCACCAGUGGGAUGCCAGAGAGAGAGACCAGCCAAACUUUUUGGACGAGAUUGAAGAUUGCCCCUGCACUUUGGCACAAGCCCGGGCUGACACAGGCCGAUUUCAUACAGACUAUGGGUGUGACAUAGAAAAGGGAAGUGUAUGCACCUACCACCAGGGCGCCGUGCACUGUGUGAGAAGUGUUCAAGCCAGCCCACAAUAUGCUGCGGGGCAACAGUGCUGCUAUGAUGCUGCAGGAACCCAGGUCCUCACAGGGGACUCCAUUGGGGGCAGCACCCCAGAUCGGGGCCAUGACUGGGGAGCUCCUCCUUACAAAAAGCCCCCUAGGGUCCCUGGCUUCUCCCACUGGAUCUAUGAUGUCCUCAGCUUUUACUACUGCUGCUUAUGGUCUGACAACUGCUCCAUCUACUUCAAGCACCGUCCCUCAAGCGGCUGCAGGAGAUACCGCCCUCCCAGAGCUGCUUCAGCUUUUGGAGAUCCUCACUUUAUUACUUUUGAUGGCAUGAAUUUCACCUUCAAAGGCCUUGGAGAAUAUACCCUGGUGGAGUCGGACCUGACAUGGUUAAGGAUUCAAGGGAGAACUCAGCUUGUCAAGCUGCUGAGUGGAAAGGAAGGAGCAGAAGCCCCGGUGACAGGCUUCUCUGCCAUUGCAAUGCAGGAGAAUGAUUCAGAUGUGAUUGAGAUACGUAUUCCAGAACACUCUGGCUCCUUAGAGGUCCUGUUGAAUCACAAGACUCUCAACUUUUCUGAACAAACCUGGAUGGACUUGAAAGGUCUCUUCCUAUCUACUACACCUGGGCUGAAUGUCACAGUAAUGUUCUCCUCUGGUGCUGGUGUGGAAGUGAGCAGGUGGAAGGCAAGGUCACUGAGCUUGACGGUUUUGCUGCCAGAAAAGUUCCAGAAUCACUUGCAGGGGCUCUUUGGGAACAUAAAUGGCAACCCACGGGAUGAUCUGACUUUGCGCAAUGGAACCUCCCUUAAUACUGACUUCAGCACGCCCGAGGACAUAUUUGUGUUUGGAGCAGACUGGGCCAUCAGGAAUGAAACAUCUUUGUUCACUUAUGACACUCAACAUUUGUUAGACAAAUACUUCUAUGGGCCAAAGCACGACCCCACUUUUCUUCCUGUGUUUACUCCCUCUGAAGACCCAACUGACCCCCUUGUGGAGCAGAUGGCGUUUCUUUGCCAAUCAGACCCUUUCUGUAGGUUUGACGUCCUGACAACCAGAGAUCUUGCUGUGGGAAACAGCACCAAGUUGUCCCAUCAGAGAUACCUGUACCUCCAGGAGAGUCUACAGCCAGUGGUUUCUUGUGGUUGGCUGGCUCCCCCCUCAAAUGGCAAGAAAGAAGGAACCAACUAUUUAGUUGGGUCUGUUGUCAGAUUCCAUUGCAACCAUGGCUACAGCCUUGCAGGAGCCUCAGAGAGAAUGUGUCAGGACAAUGGGGCAUGGUCAGGAGAGCCCACCAGCUGUCUGCCACAUGAUGGCUCUGGUCACCCGUUGUCCCCCUUCGUCCUGAAAUGCGGCAUUCUGGGGUUUGCGGCCCUGGCAGUUGCCCUUGGACGGGUCUAACCUGGUCACGACCUUUGGUAGAAAAGAUGGAGGCUGCGGAGCCACCUGUCUUGGCUCACUUUCUGCCACAGCAAAGGGAGUCCAGAGGUUUUGUGACCUGGAUUUGCAACUGGAUUUCAAGAAUGGCCACACCUCAACUACUUGCGGACUUCACUACAGAAAGUGUAGUCAAGCACUAUAAGUAAAUAAAUAAAGCA